AUGAGUUGGCUCAAACGGUACCAAAAGAUCCAAGAGUUAUCCCAGAUUAGAAAUGCCGAAGGAGAAGCAAUUGCUUUAUCCAAUUUUGAUCGUACCUUGGCAUGGGAAAUAGGUUGUUGCGCGAAAUCCUUAGCAGAAGAUUUAGGAGCCAAUAAUUUUGUGAUUGAUAUUACGCUGGAAUCUGGUCAAAUACUUUUCCAUGCUAUGUCUGGCAGUAAAAUCAUGUUGGACGAUGAAGAAUGGGUUCGUAAGAAUUGUAACACCGCUAUCAAACGUGGCUUUUCAACGUAUAUCUUGACAACCUACGUGUCAAAGUACAACAAAGAGAAUGGUAUUCUUGUGGAGAACACCCUUUACAAUGCAGGCGGUGUACCCAUACGUUUGAAGGAAAGCAAGUCAAUUGUGGGAGCAUUGACCAUCCGGGCGACUCGUGACGAACGCGAUCACUGGGUAGCCAUUGAAACGCUCCAUAGGUUUGCUCAAAAGAACCAAAAAUCUACUUAG